AUGUCCAGUAAAGAACCACUCCAAACCAAAUCAACAUCAUCAUCCACCUCACAACAUCCUAAACCCCGUUCGUCCGCCGUUGAAGAGAUGGGCAGCGCGCAACCGCGGAAAAAAAGGAAACAGCGACAACAAUUCAGCUGUGCAGAAUGUCGGAGGCUAAAGCUCAAGUGUGAUCGACAGAUCCCCUGUGCCAAUUGCGUCAAAAGAGCUUGUGGGCACCUAUGUCCGGAGAAGGAGCGGCGACAAGGAAACACAGAGUCUACUGGUCUGCUAUCACGUUUAGAGAAUCUCGAAGGGGUAUUGCUAUCUCACGGCAUACCAUUGCCUGCAACAGAACAGUCGAGCUCGCAACAGAGACAGACUACCCCUACGGUCGUUCUUCCUCGUAGCAAUCAGUCCCCGACAUCUUCUUCUCCAUCGGAUCACCCUCGUGCUGCACAAAUUUCGACAUCAAACGCUGCUUCCCAAAUCAACCUUCCUAUUCUAUCUCCCCGUCGGCAAGUUACUGAGGCUGGAUUGUCCGAGCUCGCUGACGCUGCCCCACAAAUGAAUGAUGACUCAUCGAGCACACCAACCUUUGCUAUCUCUCAUUUAGCCCCUCCACCUGAGAUCAAUCAUGUCCACUUUGACUUCUCCGACCCUUCUUUGUCAUCAUUUGGCUCAGCCCCAAUACAAGGUCUAUCCGCCCGGCCCAUGUCGCCCGAAACUCAAAGUUACGGUACUUUGAUGCUGAGUGAAGGGGGGAGAUCGAAAUAUCUAGGUCCUACCGCAGCGAGUGAGUGGCUGAAAGACCAAGAAUGUACCGAUCCAACGGAAUCGCCUUCAGCUUCCAGAUACCCGUCUCCUGAGCGCCAAGGUAUGCCUAUUGUGGCUCAAGAGGGUGAAACCUCGGCUUUGUUCCCGUUCAAGAGUCAACAUCAGUCCAUGGAAAGUCUUUUGGCCAAAUUGCCCUCUAUAGAUGAGGGCUCGAUGAUGAUCGACUCGUAUUACAGGUAUUUUGCAUGGCACUACAACGUCGCUCCUCGGGCAAGGUUUCAACCCCUGUUCAAUGCCGCAUAUCAAUCGCUCCACGGCGCACCGCAUGGGACAGCUACCCGUCCCAUCAAAGCUCAAGAGCUUGCCCUGGUGUAUUCAGCAAUGGCUAUGGGUGCAUUGCAUAAUCUGGAGCUACGGCCCCACGACCCUUGCGCUGAGGUAUACUGCGGUUUAGCCAAAGCGUGUCUGGCCAAGGGUGAUUUUCUAGUGCAUACGACAUUGGCUGGAAUUCAAGCCCUGCAUAUCAUGGCUCACUACUUUCUGGAAACUGAACGAGGUCGAAAUGGAGAUGCGGCCUGGCCCUUGUGGGGCAUAGCCAUGCGUUUGAUACAAGCAAUGGGUAUACAUCGUGAUGGCGCUCGAUGGAAUCUGCCAGAAGAAGUGGUCGAAGAGCGGCGACGAGUGUUUUGGGAAUGCAACACUGCCGAUAUUUUUCAGGCCAACUGCUUCUCUCGACCAUGUACUAUGUCACCUGACUAUAUAGACACAGCUUUUCCAGCAAGUACUGGCCCGCUGUUCGAGAAAGACUUCUUUACUCUUAAGUUCGAGCUGACGCAAAUCUCCGUGGCCAUACUUAGUCACGCAAUGAAAGUGAGACCAACACCUUACCACACUGUGAACGAACUUCAUCAAAGACUGUGCGAUUUUGAAAAACAGGUGCCAUUUCGCUUGCGGUGCCGCGCCGCUCUUUUGGCAAUGCCUUCGGUCUAUGCCGACCCUGCGGCUGCUAUUCGAGACAGUCCUCAGGCUUUGAAGGGCAAUCUGGUUCUGACUCUACAGCAAAGUACUUUAGCCAUUAACCUUUCUGAGACAUUUCUGUUCCUCCAUCGCCCCUACUACGCUCGAGCCUUGCAUGAUGCGUCGCAGGAGCCGACCAAAUCUUCAUUUGGACCCUCAUUUCUUGCUGUUGUGGAGCGAUGCCAAGUAAUUAUCAAUGUUGUGACCAGCCUAUACGCCAUACACCCACAUGUUUGCGCUCGUCACUGGUUUCUCUGGUACCACGCUUUCAACUGCGCAGUAUGCCUUGGCACCUUGAUCUUCAGCAGUCCACAAAACGCCUUAGCCAGCUUCGCCCUCUCUCAAAUCGAUGCCACCGUCGCACUCUACACGUCGGGAGUGCAGGGAGGUGCAUCCAAACGAACGGUGAACAAUCUGCGAUGGCUGUUACGUCUGAGAGUACAGGCAGCUCGGAAGAUCGAAAAGGCUAUCGGUGGUCAGUCCACAGCUCAGCAAACGAACUAUGACGUUGGCUCGGACAGCGAGGACGAGAACAUUGAAUUGAUUGGCUGGAGAACCCGGCUGAUUGAAAGAAUCUCGAAAGGUGGACAAACCGCCAAGACCAUCUCACAGACCACCCCGACUGCUUCAGCAGCCACCGAAUCCCCCACAGCAGAUGUCAAUGACACGAUCUCCGUCGCAUUGCAACAAUUGCUUGGCACAUCAAAUACAAUAAGCGCUCAGGACGGUCAGCGAUCCUCCACGAGUAUGGAUAAUGAGUCGAACGACUUUUUCGGCAAUUCCACAAAUGACUUGCUGCACCAAUUUUGGGACCCUUUGAUGCUACAAGAUAUGCCGGAAAACUCGGGUCAGCCGACCUCAGGGACGAAUUGGUGGGAAUGGGAUGCCGAUUUAAGACUGGAUCCUAACGGCGGAAGCGCAUGA